GACUUCAUUUGAGGUGGAGCUUUCUUCCACUGCUAACUUAACGUUCAACUAACUGUCAGCAGCGUACAGUCCAGAGAGAGGCACAGACUGUGAGGGGUCCAGCAUCAGAACACUAUGGCAGGAAAACCAGCUCAACCUAAUGACAACGGGGCUAGAAAAGAUUUCAUGGAACCUGAAGAUUACUUCAUGGCUGCAGCCGUUCUGUCCGCAAGGCAGAGCAGAGACCCAAGCACACAGGUUGGGGCGUGUAUUGUGAACCAGGACAAAAAGGUAGUUGGCGUUGGUUACAAUAAGAUGCCAAACGGCUGUGAAGAUCACAUGCCGUGGUCCCGCUCUAAAGGUGAAGAUGCUGCCGCCGCUGUUUGGGCUAAUGGCGGUGACCUCACCGUUGCUACUGCUGCCAGGGUUGCUGCUGCUGCUGCUGAAACUAAGCUGGACACCAAAUACAUUUAUGUGUGCCACGCAGUGCUCAACGCCAUCAUGGACAAGAACAGCGCUGAUGUGAAGGGCUGCUCCAUCUAUGUGACCCUGUUCCCCUCCAACGAGUGUGCCAAGCUGAUCAUCCAGGCUGGUAUGAAGGAAGUCGUCUAUCUUUGUGAUAAGUACAAUACUUCUCUGGAAACACAAGCCGCCAAACGGAUGUUUAAACAGGCAAAGAUACCAUUCAGGGAGUUCCUCCCCAAGGAGACUGAGGUUGUCCUUAAACUCAAGAGCGUCUGAAUGAGGCGAGGAAUGAAGAGGAUGACUUGAUAAGAUUAAAACUUGUUUCAUCAAAUGCGUUGGUUGUGUUCUACUUUAUAUAUAUAUUCUUUUUAAACCCAUUUACAUUUUUUAAAUGGGCAUCUGCUUAACUGCCAAGCAAAAUAUGAAAACGUUAAGCGAAGCUCUAACUGCAUCUGCCAUAGGGCCUUACAGCAGGCCAAUGAGUAAGACCUGGUGACCUAAAGAGUCCAAUUGAGCUAAAAAAAAUCUUAAUUUUGAUGGAGCUUGUUGAGGAUAAAUUACCAAGGCCUCAGCCGUCUACUCCUAUAGUCAGCGUUCAGGCAUGCAACCUCAGUCGCUCCUUUCUCUCUUUCUAAUAAUUGUAAGACUUUUUAUUUUAUUUUACAUGUUUUAUUUCCUGGUAUCUAAAGGCGUAAAACAUGUCUAAUCCCUGGAUCAUAAUCAUAGGCUACAUAUGUGUGAUCAUCAUACAUCAUUGUUUGCCAAAGUUACCUGCUAUGAAGAUGAACAGUUUAAAAUCUUUGUCUUCAUAACAUUCUGUGUCUCCACACCUUCAUUCCUUUAACCGUGUCAGCUCUCAGUUGAAGUCAAUAAAACAUUUGGACGGCAUGA